GCUUCCUUGAAGAGCUCAAGGCCAAGCAUGUGACUGCCUCGGACCUUUCCGCCAAUGAGCGACAGGUCCAUGUGCAAGUGCCUCCCUUGAAGCUGAAACGAGUAAUCGAUUUGCUGGCGAACUAUGUGGCGCAGAUGGGGGAGCCGUUUGAGGAAGCCCUGCGGCAGCGCUUGGCGCGGGGCGACGGCGACCGCGGCAUCGAUUGGUCCUUCUUGAAGGAGCAUUCCUCUCCAGAAGCCCAAUAUUAUCGGUGGCGUACCUUUUCCUUUGUGCAGGGUGACACGCGACACCACUGGCGCAUGGAGCCCUUUCAGAUGUGCACGAAAGGCAUGGUCUGGCAUCCUCCCCAACGGAAUCGAGGAGGUUCCGACUCCGAUUCCUCCAGUUCCUCCCGCUCCCGCUCACGGUUGUCACCGGGAUAUAGGCGCCAGGAGGACGACUUCUGCGCCAAGUGGCAGCUGGACCGCCCCGCGCGGCUCUUGUUGCGGGAGCUGCCGCCGGAGUUGAGGGAGCAGGCCAUGAUGAAGUUCAACCCCUACACGGAGGUGAAGCAUGCGGACUACUCCAAGGUCUUUGCCGCUUGGACGCGUCGUUUUCGCAACUCCAAGGAGGAAGAGCAUCAUGGCGCACCCGAAGCCAACGGCAGGAAACGGAUGGGCACCGAACGCCUGCGACGCCGAGACGUCCGAGAUUUGGAGAGACUACUGAAGGAUCUCUCUGUAAAUGCCUGUGACAUUCGCAGAGCCAUGGUGUGGUGUUUGGACAACGACGACAUGGCCAUCGACGUGUCGCGACAUUUGCUCGACAGCUUGGAGGAGGAGGAUAUCACGGCUCAUGAGAGGUGCCUGAGACUGUGCCUGGUCUCAGACAUCCUCCACAACGCUGCCAGCAUCUACAAACCCGGCGCCGUAGUGUACCGCCGGGAGUUUGAGACCCACUUGCCCAAGACCUUUGAAGAUUUUCAUCGACUCUUCAGAGGUGUCAAGGACCUUUCCUUGGUCCAUCGGAUCCUUGCUUCCUGGAUUGAGCGAGCGAUCUUUACUCCGAAGUUCACCAAAGGGCUGGAAGCGUCCAUGAUCAAAGGCAUCAUAUCGGCGGAAGGGGUGAGACUGCCCGACUCGCUCAUGGUGAAAGUGGCGGAGUGGCAGUCGCAACACUUUAGCCAGCUCGAGAAGAUCUGCAAGGUGCAAGGUCUCAACUGGGACGUUCAGCUCUCCGAGAAGGCAGAAGCCAUUGGUGGCCGCUUUCCGGAGGAGCUGAGGAAAAAGUGGCUGCUGGAUCGACUGCUGACCUAUGAGCUGUAUGUCCUGGAGACCAGGGCAAAAGAGAUGCAUCACGCCGAGCGGCGGCCGCUGCAGAUGGAGCCCGUUGAGGCGUUUGAUCCCGAGUUGGAUGGUGAAUCGCUUGACAGCGACGACGAGGCCUAUGUGCGACAGGUGGAGCAAGCCCAGGCUAAAACUGCCCGAGACUUGGAUUGA